AUGAGUGCGGCCAUGCUUUGUGAAUCCAUCUGGGUCGACAGGCCUAAAUAUGAGGAGGCAGAAGCACAUUAUCAAAGAUUUCUCGCCGGAACUGUCGGCGGAUCACAUGGCACAGAGAAAAAGGUGAUUAAAAUAUAUUUCUCCCUACAUAAAUCUUGAUUUUAAUAGUUAAUUGUACAUGUACACAAGGAAUCAACAAGAUGUUGAAAUUGAAUUUUCUAGAUCUGACGCAUUUUGGGCUUGCCAGACUCCACGCGUCUGAACAUUGUCAUAGUUGAAGCAAAUAUAUUAAAAUUAUUUUGUAAGCUUGCAAAUUAAAUUGCUACAGUGAGUGAUUGAAAAGGCUUCUUUUUUCAAGAGAGGAUACAUAAGCAGUUUGGCAUCUUGAAACAAUCACGUACAGAUGUACACUGCAGAAUUUCUCGUUUUACUAAUUUCCCUCACUCCCUCGGCCAGAGAAUGUACGGAAAUGGGUACAGUGCAUGUACUAAAGAACGCGAGAUAAUUUCUUGGAGUUUUAGACAUAAAUAUUUUGGACGCACCCGUGCACUAAUUGCAUGUAUUGCAUAUGUAAUACUUAAGUCAAUUUAACUCUCUCAUACAACGUUACUCAUUGCAUUAUGGUUGCAAAUUUACGGUGUACAUGUUGAUCAGACACAUGCAGCGUGUAAUCAAAUCGCUCUGACGAAGGGCCAACGCUCGAAACGUCAGCUUUUAAACUCUUUUCAGUGGCCAAUUAAAACUAAUUAAAACUAAAUAACCUUGUUAUACUCUCCUGCCAACGCAACACCACAGUUUCUUAAGAAACUAACCCCUAUUUAUAAUUAUUCAGUGUGUAAAUUAGUUCUUCAAACAGUUAACUGAUUGGUUGUGGUUCAGAUUUUUCUGUGAGAUGGAAAGAAUGUGAGAUUGAAGUUCACACCUUUCACCUUCAAGAGUGAUGAGCAUCUAAUUUCUCCAUACAGUAUCACUGUGACUCACACUUAUAGGUUGAAAGAAUAAAGGAAAUGAUCACCAACAAAAGAAUACACCAGCAAAUGAGUGCACAUUUCUCAUAGUCUUGGCAUGCAUUCAGAAUUUCACUCACCAGUAAUUCCAUACAGUCUCUCUUUUCUCCUCACUGUCUUUCAUUCCCUUUCUUCUCUUUGCAUAGUUUUAACAUUCUAAUUUCCAUUUCUGUUCUUUCCAACUUUUCAAAACUAAUUCUGUUUUCUCUCAGGGUUCAAGCUUUUCUCCAGUCCAAGAGAUAGCAAAUGCCCGUAAAAAAAUCCAACAGACUCUAAACACGGUAAGCUAAUGUUUAGCUUGCCCCAUCUUUACAAAGAGUCCAUUUGGUUUUCCAGCUCAACUCCUAAUUUGACUGGUGAUCUGAAUAGUUAGUCUUCCUUUAUCUUACAGUAAUUUUCUAUAGCUAAGACCAAAUUAGAUGAUUCUGUGUCUUUGACUCAGAUCAUUUAACUUUCGAAAUAAAUGAUAAGAAGGAAAGUCCAAGCAACAGGAUUCUGCCAACUGUUAGUCUCUUACCAAAAACCCAAGAGGUUUGGCCAAAUCCUGGUCACAGUUCCUCCAAGAUUUUGUUUGCUAAGGUUCUUUGAGAAGCAAGAACUCUGUCAAUGAUCCUGACAGAAAAGUAAAUGAAUUUGAUGGGCAAAAGACUUGAUAUGCUAGUGUGUCUGGUGUUGCCCAAAUUCUGGAUUUUGAGCUGUUUUAUCAGCAGAUAUUUUCAUCAAGAUUUGUGCCAGAUUUUGCUCCUGGCAAUUUGAUGUCAAUUUUAUUGGUUUUGAGAUGAUUUUUAUUACUCACUGUUUAGCCAUCAUCCUAUGUGAUUCUUUUAAGGCUCUAACUUCCACAACGGCUUCUGCUGGAGGAAAUAAUCGUAUUACUCAGUUAGAGGAAGAAAACCACGAACUUAAGAAAGGUAUUAUUGUCAUUAUUAUUCAAACAUUGCAAGAGGAGAUGAAAGUUUUUAUGGCAGGUCCCUCCCCCUCCCCCAGCAAUUUCUGUAUCCAUCUAUACUUUUAAGUAAAGAGAGGUACUGUAAGAGAGAUUAGUAACUUGUCAAGAACACAAUGCAGCAAUCUGGUGAGGGCUCAAACUCAGAUCUCUCAAUUCAGAUUCCAUCAAACAACCAAGCUUGUUAUCCACCCUGGAGUGAAGACCUGUCCCAUAAUUCUCCUUGUCACUCAACUCUGCCUGGCCCUGCACCAUUUUUUCUUAAAACUGAAGCAGCAAUCCUGCAUAAAUAUGUUUGUAUUAUUAUUAUAUUAUUAUAACAUAUAGGUAUUGGAUGACAUCCUCCAAUUACUGAAAUACAAUAUAUGUUGUGAUUGAUCUUCCCCAGUCACCGAAGAAUUAAAGACUGCCCUUCAGAAGCUCACACUACGAGUUGAUCAAAUUGAAAAAGGUAAUAACAUUUGGCAAGUUAUCUCAACUAAUGAGUAGAUGGCUUGUUCUUAUCUUAAGCAUAUUAUUAUCUAGGGCACACCAACAACAUCAAAUAUAUAGUUAACAUGUGAGAGUAUUGCUCCCUGAAUUCGCCAGCAAUUGAGUGAAGCUAUAAUAUUUCUAUAUUGCUAGACAAACAUAUUGCCUGUAAAAAAAAAGAGGAAAUUAGCCAUACUAUGCAGAUUCUCCUUUUUUGAUAUUUUUUAUAUUUAUAUAUAUAUAUUUUUUUAAUAUUUUUGUAUAUUUUCUUGUUCUGUUUAUAGGAAAUAAACCACAAGGAUCAAGUCAGCCAUCAAAAGUAAGAAAGUAAAGUUUCAGAAAAACUUACAGAGUAGGCAGUAAUACAAAGUCAUGUAUUUGCUGUGCUAUCAUGUGUCAGUUUACAGUUAGCAUUUCAUUUAACUGUUUAACCCCUAAGAGUGACUAGCAUCAAAUUUCUCCUUGUAAUUCAUCACUGAAUCACAUAUUAAUGUCAUGAGAAUAAAGGAAAUGAUCACCAACUAAAGAAACUCUUGAUUGUAAGACAAAUUCUUCUUGUCAGCAACUCAGUAAAUGUACAGAGAACAGUGUGGAGAACAUGAAUACUGAUGUUAGGGUGUAAAGGGUUAAGGUUAUUGUCUCUAUAUUGCAUGCACAGCAGAGAUUUUUCAGGUUUGAUAAACACGGCUUUCAGACUCUUAGAGGCAGCAAUUACCAAAAGGGGUCAUAGGUCAACCUCUUUCCAGCCCUUCAUUCUGAUUAACCCUUUGUCUCCAAAGGUCUGAUUGUUAAUUCUCCCAUCUAGCUGAUACACAUUUUCUGGUGAAUUAAAUACUAAAAUUUUAUGAUGGAUCAAGUUAACAACUUCUACCUGAUAAGUUUGAGUAUUCUCAUUACCUGUCUGUUGGAUAAUGUUUGGGUAUUAUAGGGAGAAUUAACAUGUUCAUGACUUCUGGGACUUAAAGGAUUAACCUGACUAGAAUUUAUCACUUUUUUUCCUUUCCUGCAUUUCAGCCUCAGAUGAAGGAGGAAUUCAAGGAAGAUGAAGAUGAUGAGGACUUUGACUUGUUUGGCUCAGAUGAUGAUGAAGAUGAAGAGGUGAUUUUCUUGAUGUCUUGUUUUAACUCUUAGAGCCUUAAGAGUUGCUUGCAUUGUAAUUUCUCCUAACAGUGUUAUCCCUGGAUCAAACUUUAAGGUAAUGAGAAUAGGGGAAACUAUCACAAAUUAAAGAAACUCUUGUUUAAAAAACAUCUCCUUGUCAGCACAGUAGGAACUUUAUGGAGAACAGUAUGGUGAAUAUGGAUACUGACGUUAGGGUAUAAAGGGUUCAAGAAAAUUGAAUGAGGUUUUGAGGAAAUCCACUUUAAAAGAGGGCAUUUUUUUUCUAUGUGCUUGGAAUCUUAGGAAUCUGAGUGAAAACAAGGAAAUUAGAAAAGGAAACUUCACUGCAGGACAGUUAUGCAUUUAGCCCUUAAGAUAAUUGCUAAUUUUUAGUACAAUAAAGAAAUUGCAACUAUUAUGACGUGUCAGAUAAUAUGUGUGAUAUUCUUUACUUAUCUAAGUCUUGACCCAAGUUCACAGAACACUGUGUUUAUCUGAUGGCUCAGGAGUUAUAUCUUCCAGUUAUAGAACAAGCCGUAAACUCAUGUUUUUUCUUUGAUUUCACAGGAAGAUGAGGUCACAAAAGAAAGACUGGCACAAUAUGCAGCUAAGAAAGCAAAAAGUAAGUUGUUUUUUUUUACAGGAGGCCAAAAGUUGUUGUUUUUGUAGUGACUGGUUAUUGCCUGGACAUAUCUCAUGGGUGAGGUACCACUCCAUCCCAAGUAGAACUUUUUAUUUCAUUUAGGUUUUCAGACUAUUAGUACACAUUUAAACUAUUAGAUUCAGAGAGGCCUUAUUUAAGGCUAAUGGGGUUUGAGCCACACAACAGAAUGACCUGGCUCAGAGUCAAAUCUCUAUUUCUAAAUCUGUGGUUGUGUGCACCAGUCACCACUGACAGCAUAUCAUACUAGCAGUGUGCCUUGUCAUUCCAAUCUCUCUCAAGAGAAAGGCAUUACCAAGAAAUUUCCUCCUGUACUGAACCUUGUAAUCUGAUGCACUGAAAUCCUUAUUCAUGUCUUAUGCUAAUAGCUUGAUUGUGCAUUUUUAUUUUAGAACCAGCACUAAUAGCAAAAUCAAAUAUCAUAUUGGAUAUAAAACCGGUAUGAUGAUACGUAAAUGUUAUAAAUUUGUAAUGGGGAAGAUCAUUGUUGUUGAAAAUUAAUAUUUUCUGUUUUAGAAGCUAUGGGUUGUACAAGUAAUCAUGUAGUUCAAAUUAGCCCAAAAUAGUGUGAAGUCUCUCAAAAUGAGGAGUUUUUAGCCCUGUAACCCUUUAACUUCCAGAAGUGAUUAACAUGUGACUUCUCCCUACAAUAUCGAAACAUUAGUCAGCAAACAGGUCAUGAGAAUAUUCAAACUUACCAGGUAGAAAUUGUUAUCUCAAUCUAAAACCAAGGUCUCGUAACUUAUUUACAAGGAAAUGUGUAAUAGCAAGAAGGGAGAAUUAACUAACAGAUCUUGGGAGUUUAGGGGUUAAAGUAUUUACUUUGCUCUUCAAAUUGAGAUAAGUUUUGUACAAAGUCGAGCCAGCAAAUUUAACUUGUGUAGUUAUCCCAAGUUCAAGUCUCUUGCUUGAGUAUUUCAGUAACCAAUUGAUCCACCCCUCAGUCAGCAUCUUAAGCCAAGUUGUGUUUAUUUGAAUAGUUUUUUCAUUAUUUGUUCAUUUGGGCCCUUAGAGGCCCUAUUGAGGAAGUAGUAUAUUAUGUGAUUGUUAUUAUCAUCAUCAUUCUCAUCAUUUUAUUUUCAUUAUAAUUAUCACUAUGGAUAUCACUCUCAUCAUCAUCAUCAUUGUCAUCAUUAUCAUUAUUAGUGUUGUGGUGUUUUAACUGUAUUUAUUCCUUCAUUCUUUUUUUGCUUAAUUUUCCUGUCACAGUGGGAUGAUGAAACAGGUUUGUUUUAUAUACCUUAUAACUUGCUUGCAUGAGUCAGCUAGGCAACAGGGAAUUAAAUUUGACGUGGCUAGAUCAAGUUUGACUACACUACUUUUUAACCAGUAAAAUCUCCUAGGCCAGAAAUUUUGUACUCUCCUCCCUUAUGACUGUUCCAGUAUCUGAGGUUUCAUUUCUAGUAGUUUCUAACAUGAAAUCAAAGGUGCUAUUGGAUGAAAUUUCUGUUUGGAUCCAUGAUCAUUUUUUUCAUGUUUUGUGUGUGAAAUUGGGUUGUAUCUAUUUCUCUGCCAUUUCUUAGCUUUAACUCAUGAAAAGUUGUAUGUUGUCAAAUAAUUGUAAGAAGCAUGCUUCAAAUUCAAGUCACUCUACUACAAUUUUCUCUAGAAGUGAAAAAUGAUUACAGCUUGGUAGUUGGUUAGUCAGCCAGUCAGUUAGGGAUUGCGGAAAGGUACAUGAUGAUUGACACUUCUUUAUCCUUUCCUGUGUCCAGAUAUUGUUGCCAUGGAAAAGGCUGUUCGUUCAAUUGAAUGUGAUGGAUUGGAGUGGCAAGCAAGUAAGUUUAAUAUUAAUUCUGGGAAAAAAGAAUGGUUGAUCUGUUAUACAUUCACACCAUGGGACAUAAUGUAUUUUUGUCAUUUGAUAUGAAGUAUAUCAGUUGAUGUGAUAAGCUGCACGGGAGAUGAGGAGAGUUCUGCUGCUGAGUAAAACCUUACACUUUGUUCCUAGGUAAGAUUAUGCCUGUAGCAUAUGGCAUCAAAAAACUUCAGAUCUCUUGUAAGGUUGAAGAUGAGAAAUGUGGUACAGAUUUCCUUGAGGAAAAAAUCACAGAGAUGGAAGAUUUAGUAAGUAUAAUUACAUGUAUUUUAUAUUCUUUUUAUCAUUAUUGUUAUUGUUGUUAUUAUCUGCAGAUGAGAGAGAUUGUUGCAGUUAUGAACACUACUUUAAUUAGCAGUUUUAAAAAUACAAACGGUACAAGCCUGAAUUUUUUUUUUCAAGCUUUAUUUUCACCUGUGCUUGAGUAGUGUUUAUUACUGCAAUGAUCACUUUCGUCUUCAUUGAUUAAGUCACAGUUCAAAUAUAUGAAAUACAUGUAUCCACAGUCAUUUAUCAUUAUCAUUAUUAUAAGUUGCAAUAGUUUUUUACUAUUUCUAUGACUGUCUAGGUGUAAAUGGAAUCUUAAGAUUGGGGAGGAAUCAAGAUGAUAAAGGAGUCUCCACCACACCCUACUCCCUUUUCCUAAGGAAUCUCCACGGCAUCCUACACCCUUUUCCAAAGGAGUCUCCACUAAACCUUACCCCCUCUUCCCAAGGAUUCCACACCACACCACACCCUGCCCCCUCUUCCUAAGGAGUUUACAGCAUACCCUACGCCCUCUUUCGUGGCCAAAUUCCCUGCCACACCUGCCAGAAAUUAUUCCACGAUUUCUUUUGUCUGUCUUAAGCCGGCCUUGUUGAAAUUUUCAUUGGUAUGUAUAUAUUUUUUUUUCUUCAUUUUUUUUUGUGCGCCUUGCAGGUUCAAAGUGUGGAUGUCGUGGCUUUCAACAAGCUCUGAACUACUGAAUUAUGCCUGUGAAUUUACGCAGCAAUCGAAUAAACUUCAUUUAAAUUC